CCUUUGGCUUUGACAGCCGCUGCCACAAGUCUUUCCGUCUCCCCAGGCUGCCUGGGAGCUGGGAGCGGGAUUAUGGUGGCCUGAGCUGCAAACGCAGCUGUAGGAGCCCGGAGCCCCUGACCCUUCCCCUGCUGCCGCCCCGCCGGGAGGACCAGGAAAGCAGCCUCCGACCUGCCAUGCCCGCCCCGCCCAGCCCCCCGGGGGGCCCGAGCCGGCCUCUCCCGGACCUCUGUUGAGGUUGGACCGCUGGCCAGAUGUAGCCAGGCUCCGGAUCCGUCUUCUCCCCUCCUGUCUCUCUGUGGAUCUCUCCUGCCCGCUCCCCACAGCCCGGAGCCAGGGCUGGCCGAGGGGCCUGCAGGCGCUGGAGCCCUGAUGUCUCACCGUUCACUCUCCUGAGAAGCCACCUCCAGCACCCAGAGUUGGGGUCAGGCCACAGGGACGGUCGCAGACUGGAGUGAGCCCAGAGCGCCCCAAGGCCAGGGCCCACCAUGGCCCAAGCGCUGCCCUGGCUCCUGCUGUGGAUGGGCUCUGGGGUGCUGCCUGCCCACGGCUCCCAGCCUGGCAUCCGGCUGCCCCUGCGAAGCGGGCUGGGGGGCGCCCCCCUGGGGCUGCGGCUGCCCCGGGAGACCGACGAGGAGCCCAGCCGGAGGGGCAGCUUUGUGGAGAUGGUGGACAACCUGAGGGGCAAGUCCGGUCAGGGCUACUACGUGGAGAUGACCGUGGGCAGCCCCCCACAGACGCUCAACAUCCUGGUGGACACAGGCAGCAGUAACUUCGCAGUUGGGGCCGCCCCCCACCCUUUCCUGCACCGCUACUACCAGAGGCAGCUGUCCAGUACAUACCGGGACCUCCGGAAGGGCGUGUAUGUGCCCUACACCCAGGGCAAGUGGGAGGGGGAGCUGGGCACCGACCUGGUGAGCAUCCCCCACGGCCCCAACGUCACCGUUCGUGCCAACAUCGCUGCCAUCACUGAAUCAGACAAGUUCUUCAUCAAUGGCUCCAACUGGGAGGGCAUCCUGGGGCUGGCCUACGCUGAGAUCGCCAGGCCUGACGACUCCCUGGAGCCAUUCUUUGACUCGUUGGUAAAGCAGACCCACGUGCCCAAUCUCUUCUCCCUGCAGCUCUGUGGUGCUGGCUUCCCCCUCAACCAGUCGGAGGUGCUGGCCUCAGUUGGAGGGAGCAUGAUCAUCGGGGGUAUCGACCACUCGCUGUACAUGGGCAGCCUCUGGUACACACCCAUCCGGCGGGAAUGGUAUUACGAGGUGAUCAUUGUGCGGGUGGAGAUCAAUGGACAGGAUCUGAAAAUGGACUGCAAGGAGUACAACUAUGACAAGAGCAUCGUUGACAGUGGCACCACCAACCUUCGUCUGCCCAAGAAAGUGUUUGAAGCUGCUGUCAAAUCCAUCAAGGCAGCCUCCUCGACGGAGAAGUUCCCAGACGGUUUCUGGCUCGGGGAGCAGCUGGUGUGCUGGCAAGCAGGCACCACCCCGUGGAACAUUUUCCCGGUCAUCUCACUCUACCUAAUGGGUGAGGUCACCAAUCAGUCCUUCCGAAUCACCAUCCUUCCACAGCAAUACCUGCGGCCAGUGGAAGAUGUGGCCACAUCCCAAGACGACUGUUACAAGUUCGCCAUCUCACAGUCAUCCACGGGCACUGUCAUGGGAGCCGUUAUCAUGGAGGGCUUCUACGUUGUCUUUGAUCGGGCCCGGAAACGAAUUGGCUUUGCUGUCAGUGCUUGCCAUGUGCACGAUGAGUUCAGGACAGCAGCGGUAGAAGGUCCUUUUGUCACCCUGGACAUGGAAGACUGUGGCUACAACAUCCCACAGACAGAUGAAUCGACCCUCAUGACCAUAGCCUAUGUCAUGGCUGCCAUCUGCGCCCUCUUCAUGCUGCCCCUCUGCCUCAUGGUGUGUCAGUGGCGCUGCCUCCGCUGCCUGCGCCAUCAGCACGAUGACUUUGCUGAUGACAUCUCCCUGCUGAAGUGAGGAGUCCCACGGGCAGAAGAGAGAGAUCCCCCUGGACCACAUCUGGUGGUUCGCUCUGGUCACAAGGAGGAGACACAGAUGGCACCUGUGGCCAGAGCACCUCAAGACCCUCACCCACCCACAAAUGCCUCUGCCUUGACAGAAAAGGAAAAGCUGGCAAGGUGGGUUGCAGGGACUGCACCUGUAGGAACCAGGAGAGGGAAGAAAGAAGUGCUCUGAUGGCGGGAAUACCCUUGGUCACCUCAAACUUGAGUUGGGAAAUUCUGCUGCUUGAAACUUCAGCCCUGAGCCUUUGUCCACCAUCCCUUUAGAUUCUCCAACCCAAAGUAUUCUUCUUUUCUUAGUUCCAGAAGUAAGGUGACCCCAGUGUGUGUCUCUGCAGUACCCUAGCAGAGAAAGGGCCAAUCUUGUUUCCCUGCUGGCCACAGUCAGCGGGAAUGGACGCACCGUUUGCUGUUUGCUUUAGAGAUAGGGACUGUAUAGACAAGCCUAUAACAUUGGUGCAAAGACUGCCUCUUGAAUUAAAAAAUAAUUUAAAAAUAAUUUGUACAAAUAAUUUGUACAAAUGGGGGUGGCUGGACGAGGAGAAGGAGAGGGAGUGCAAAGACAGGGAAGCUGGGAUCAAAGCGAGGCAAGGCCAGAACAUGACCGCUCGCCAGUCCCAGUUUUAGACGGCAUCUCCAAGAUAAGAAUCCCACCUUCUAAGAUGGGUGUUGCUUCCCAAUGUCUUCUUUUCUGUGGUUGCAGCCUGACCAAAAGUGCGAUGGGAAGGAGGGCUUCUCUAGCCAAAAAGCUCUUUUUAACUCUCUUAAAGGAAAAGUGCCCACUAAAACGUUCCGUCUAACAAAUGAAUUUCUACCUUAUUAAUUCUUGUCCCUACCUGAACCUUCUACCGUACACGUGACUGGUAGCACUGAAACAUCCCCAACCCUGGAAGCCCCAGGUGCCCUAUGGGAAAGCAGCUGGAAUAGAGCAAAUAUAACAGGGCUGCACUUUGUCUUCCUGGCUACCUGUUCACCCCCUCCCCCAGUCCUAUUUCUCCAGAGCUUUGUAGCUGAGGUGCUAAGAAUAGAUAGGAAACCUCUCCUAUCUAAUCCUUGAAAGCAGACUCUUGAAGAUUCAUUCAACAGGGAUAGAGUUGAUGCCCUAUACCCCCUGCCUGGAGUUCCUCCUGUUCAGCUGUAAGUGGUAGUAAGAUCUUGACAUAAUACAGAGCAGUUUCGCUGCCUUCUCCCUGUCUCUAAGGUCUCCCUCAUUUAUUCGGCUAAGGCAUCCCACAGUGGCACUAGUAUUAUACCAAGAAUGUCAGGAACACAGGCUUUCUGGCUCCACCAGCAUCGCAUUCAGUAUCAAGGCUGCGUGGAAAAAGGAUGACAGCCUCUGGGCUUCCUAAUUCCCUUCACCACAAGAGCCCCUUGAUGGAGGCCAUCCUUUGCCCCUAUCCUGCUCUUUAUUCCCCGCUCCUAAUAGUACUUGGGUACCCAGGCUGGUUCUUGGGCUAGACAGUGGGGACCAAGUUCAUUCCCUCCCUAUCAGUUCUAAGCCAGUCGACUAUGAUACCAGUGUUAAUGGGAAGAGCUGAAUUUUCUUACUAUUCCACUGGAUCCUAUUCCUCUCUGGUCAACACACUGCUUCCAAGUAUGGGACCCUCACAGCGUAGAAUUACCUGAUGAGGGAGAGGGAAAUACAAAGAGGGCCUCUGGAGAUCCUGGCCUCGGCCAGCUGCCCACAAGCCAUAAACCAAUAAAACAAGAAUACUGAGUCGCAGUUUUUUUAUCUGAGUCCUCUUCAUUCCCACUGCACCUGGUGCUGCUUUGGCUGACGGGGAACACCCCAUAACCACAGAGACUGACAGGAAGACUGGAGCCUGUCCACUUCCAGCUUGGAACUUACUGUGUAAAUAAACUUCCAGAACCGCUA